GAUUCUCUCGCGAGAUCUGCGCGUAAGCAAAACAAGACCGGGCGGAAAACAAGAUGGCGUUUAACAAAGAAUACGUUAUCGUGUUUUAUCAUACUUCUGUGUUCCUAUACAAUGCGUACAUUAACAAGUAUAUGUUUUUUUAAAUAGAGUAAACCUCGGUAAUGUGUUUGUGUCGGAUACAUUAGUCUAAUACAAGCGCACUUUGCUGCUCUCAUGCUAGUUUAGCUUGCUCGUUGGUUUAGCGCGUAAUCCUAGUGGGAUGCUAACUUAUAAACACAUCGCGGCGAUCAAGUGGGAGUGGGAAGGGUUGCGGUUGCGUGGAAAUGUGUGAAAGAACGACGGCGGAGUGCGUGAAGGAACUUUCUCCAACACAACAGGAGAACAAGCGACAACAUCAACUACUGGACGCCUACUACAGGAAACAUCAUCAAGUUGUGUUGCGAACAGACACCCCCGAGCAGCAGGAGUGGAACGCCAGUAUGGAGCAGGAUGAACCCCACGCCCCCCGUAUUAAAGUGGAAGAGGAGGAGCCACUGUCUCCUCACGUUAAUGAGGAAGAUGAGGCACCACGGCCUCUUAAGUUAAAAAAGAAUCGAUUGAGCCACAACUCCAUUAAAGAAGAAGAGAAGGAACACAGCAUCAGUCAGGAGGGAGAGCAUGUUGACGUCACCAAGGUGCCAUUGACUGCUGUGAUUGAGAAGAGAGAAGAUGAUGAGGUCAAAGGUCGAAGCGAGGAAAUGAGAGGGGUGGAGCCUCCAAGCAGCAGCUCAACUCAACACAUGACAACAGACGCUGACGGAGACCACUGUGGAGGAUCACAAGCAAAUAAGCUCUUAGCUCCACUAUCAGAUAGUGACGACACAGCGUCACACUUACCUGACUCUGAUGAUGAAGACUCUGAAGCUGAUAAGACAUGUCACACCGACAACACACACUUUAAAUGUUCUAACUGCGGCAAAACCUUUAAAUAUCCCAGUGAUCUGAAAAUACACAUGAGAAUACACACUGGAGAAAAGCCAUUCAUGUGCUCAGUUUGUAGUAGAAGUUUCUCCCGGAAGGAACAUUUGAUAAAACACACACGAAUACACACUGGGGAAAAACCUUUUAUCUGUUCAGAGUGCAACAAAAGCUUUUGUGGCCGAACCAACCUUGGCGUGCACAUGAGAACUCACACUGGAGACAAACCCUUCGCGUGCUUGGUUUGUAGUAAAAGAUUCUCUCUGAAGCAGCAUUUGACAGUACACACACGAAUACACACUGGUGAGAAACCAUUUUCAUGUUUAGUCUGUGGUAAAGGUUGUAUUAAAAAUAGCGAUUUGAAAAAACACAUGAGAACACACACUGGUGAAAAACCAUAUUCCUGUACGAGCUGCAAUAAAUGCUUUGGCGACCAAUCAGCACUUCUGAGACACAUUAGAAAACAUACAUUUGAGAAAGUGUAGAGUUGCAGUGUGUGUGAUAAAAUAUUGGCUUAUAGGUAACAGUGUAGGAAACACAAAUGUAAGCUGUGUAAAUAAACAGUCAAAACUUUGUAAA